AUGUCAGGUAUAGCAAAACUACUAAUGCUGAAAACCAUUACAGAGAAAAAACUAUUACUGUUUGUACCAUGGAGAAAUGAAGAACAAGAUCUAUUAAGUGGUCAUGAAUCAUAUGAAGAACACUUCAACAGCAGACAACAACAGAUAUUGCCUAUUAUUGACAAAUAUGAACAUCAUGUUGAGGAACUAGACAUGGCUAGACAUCAGGCAGAGGAAGACAUAGUCUCAGAGUUUGAUACUGUUGCACCUAACACUGAACAAGUGCAAGCAGAAGAUGCAGAACAAUCAGUUGAUCACUCUGAAGAGUUCAUUCACUAUGUACCACCAGAACCAUCACACAGAACAGUAGACAUUGGUCGAGACCUAAACCUACCAGAAAGUACAGUAUCAGUUGAAACAAGAUCAGUACUUUUGCCAGAUGAUGAAUAUAUGACAUUGCUUCGUUCUUUGAACAAAAAGCAAAGGGAAUUUUUCAACCAUGUCGUGAAAUGGAUUUCUACAAAAAAUGAACCUAUCUAUGCAUUUCUUUCUGGUGGAGCUGGAGUUGGAAAAUCAGUCGUUAUCCGAGCAUUAUUCCAAGCAUUGCAAAGACAGUUGAACUCAAAAGAAGGUCAUGACCCAGACAGCAUAAAGAUUCUGCUCACAGCUUUUACAGGAAAAGCAGCAUACAAUAUCAAUGGUGUAACAAUAGCAUCAGCAUUUCAUAAGAAAAUGUUUCAGACACAACAACACAUGCACAGUGAUGAGCUGAAUACUUUCAGAACCACAUACAAAGAUCUCUCUGUCAUCAUUGUAGAUGAAAUUUCAAUGGUUGGUAAUAAGCUGUUUGCUUUAAUGCAUGAACGCUUAACAGAACUGAUAGGCACAAAGCGAGACUUUGGUGGUAUAAGUAUCAUAGCAGUUGGAGACUUAUUUCAACUAUCACCUGUUGCAGACUCGUGGAUCUUUAAUGAUUUGAAGAUAGGUUUAGCAAGGAACUUGUGGAAAGAACAUUUUCAACUAUUUGAACUUGAAGAAAUCAUGAGACAGAAAGAUGAUUUACAAUUUGCUCAGAUGUUAAACAGAUUGAGAUUAAAUGAACUCUUACCAGAUGACAGAGAUCUUAUUAAAUCUCACACCAUUACACCUGCAUCACCUACUUAUCCAAAAAAUGCCUUGCACUUAUUUACUGAAAAUAAGCGAGUUGAUUAUUUCAACAGCGAGUUGAUACAAGACCUAGUCACCACAAAGGUGAAUGUGCCAGCUCAUACAGAUGUCAUUGCCCCUUCAAGUAUAAGCAAGCAAUCAAAACAUCACUUGAUAAAAGAAAUGAAUAAGCAAGAAAAUCACAGCAAAACUGGAAACUUACCUAGCUUGCUUCAACUUGCAGAAGAAAUGUUAUAUGAUGUGACGGUGAAUGUGGAUGUAAAAGAUGGAUUAACAAAUGGGGCUUCAGGCAUUGUAAAACACAUUGAAUUCAAAGAAAUGAACCAUGAAAGACCUGGCAUUAUAUGA